AUGAAAGGCCUCCUUCAGUGGGCGCUUGUCCUGCUGCCAUGGGCAGCUGAGACCGUCCGAGGUCAGGCCAGUAACACGACCACUUCGCCGCUUGAUCUCAUCAGCCAGAUCCCUCAAUGCGCGGUAUCGUGCGUCACCGAUUCUUUUCUUGGGUCAGGAUGCCCACUCGACAACAUCGCUCAGUGCGUUUGCACCAACACGACCCUGUUGGAGGGCCUCUCUGGAUGCGUGCAAACCUCCUGCGAAUGGCGAGAUCAACUGAAGUUGUCGUAUAUGACCGAUGACCUUUGCCGACCGUACCCCCACGCAUCCCGAGAUCUCGAAAUCAAGUUGGUCGUAGCCGUGCUGGCUGUGCUUACGUUCCCCGUUGUGAUUCUGAGACUUGUCUCAAGACGGUCUAUCGCCGGAAAGCUGGAGUUGGACGAUUGGACUACGUUGGUGACGGCUAUUGUUUUAGCCGCCACCAUGGGAUGUGUCAUCGCAAGCGCCAAACUCGGAUUCGGCCUCCACUACUGGAACGUCAACCCCGCCAACGCCCAGCGCAUCAUCCAACUUUAUUAUGCUGUUCAAAUGCUCUAUAUUAUCGUUCUCAUAUUGGCCAAAGUGUCAAUCGUCGCGCUCUUUGCGCGAGUUUUCCCAAGCCGCAAGUUUCAGCUUGUGAACAGACUUGUCUUUGUUUUUCUCGUUGGCCAUGGACUGGUCUUUACCUUUGUCAUCAUGUUCGAAUGCACACCGAUUGCCGGCAUCUGGGACCGGACUCUCAUUCGUAAAUGUGUGGACCUCAACGCCGUGGCACUGGCCAGCGCUAUCCUCAGUAUUGUCGAAGAUAUUGUUAUUCUCGCCAUGCCCAUUCAGCAGCUCAGUCAGUUGCAACUCGGGUCGAAGAAGAAGCUGGCAGUCAUCUUCAUGUUCAGCUUGGGAUCAUUCGCGUGCAUCACUUCGAUCGUUCGUCUUCGAUGGCUGGUCCUGUUUGCUGAUUCAUACGACACCACAUGGGAUAACGUGGACUUUGUGACAUGGAGCAUCACCGAGAUAUCGGUCGCACUGAUGUGUGGAAGCCUUCCCGCACUACGACCCCUCUUCAAGAAGAUCCCUGGUCUUCUUACAACGAUCCGCGGACCGACCGUGGAAAUCAAAGAAACACACGACAGAGGCAGCAGUCACAUGUCGUUGCGCAACAAGGGUGUUAUCCCUAUGUCGCCAAAAUCAAGCUCAAUGGAGCCGGAUGUUGAAGAAGACAUGAUUAUAAUUCAUAUUUCAAACGAUCACGACCCGCGGAUGAAGCCUCUCCCCCCACCACCGCUGCAGCCACUUACCUAUCAACCCCCUUGGCGAGGAAGUGGAAGCGUUAGUGGAGGGCACACGACUCCAAGCCUGAUGAGUCCAAGCCUGUUGAGAUCGCCGAGAACGCCGAGAACACCAAUGACUCCGAUGACCCCAGGCAGCAUGAGAAGCGUCAGAAGAGAGGCGGAUGCAGAAUACGAGAUGGACCUUCGAAGCGUCGUGAAUACGAAGACGUGGAUGUAG